AGAGUUGGGAGACACCACAGUGCAGGUACACACACUGCUGCUGCUGUGCUGCCUACACUCACCCUCACUUUUUGCAGGAGUUGUACUGCUCCAUCUAAUAAUUGCAUGCAUCCUUCUCCUCUACUUCCACUACAUUUCUGAUUGAUUCCUCAUUUCUCCCCUUGAUUUGUUGCUUGUGCUCCUCUAAAGAUCACACUCACACACACUACUACCACCACCAACCACCCACACACACAACACCACACCUCCUUCCUUUCUUUAUUCUCCAUCCCCACCAAAAAUCCAGGUUUUGUAUUAGGAGGACCAGAUUAAGCACCACCUUUUCCCCAUUUUUCACCUCCAAGACAGUCCAAUCUUUACCCCCACAUUGUUUGUUCCCAAUAUCCAAUCUUUUGGGCCCAAUUCGUCCUCCUAAAUCCCAACUUUUCAUCACUCCAUACUGUCAUAAAUCCGGCUCUGCUCCUCUCCUCCUCCACCCAAAGUUCCAGCCUUUCCCACUAAAAAAUCCAGUCUUGGCCAGUUUGAUUGCCCUUUUUUUUUUCGUUGGGAAAAUUCCAGCAUUUUUGUGCUCGGUUUCACGGGGAGAAGUGGCUUUGGGAGCAAAAAAAAAAAAAAUCUGAUUUUUAGGUGGACAAUUCUGGUUGGGAGCUCGCCGGAGAUCCGCCGUUUCUUGGUUGAGGCGAGAGGCGAGGAGCUCCCUCGCGUCCAUGUCGGACUCGGAGCUGUCGCAGAGCACGGUGGUGUUCGGGCUCCACCUGUGGGAGCUCGUCGGCAUCGGCGUCGGCGCCGCCUUCGUGCUCCUCCUCGUGCUACUCUCGUUGCUGUGCCUCCUCGCCUCCCGCCGCCGCCGACGCCGGCGCGGGGUUCCGGUGGCCACCCCCGUGCUCCACCUCACCACCGUCGCGCCCAAUGCUCGCCACCCCAAGCACCCGAGCAAGCCGCCCAAGGACAUCCAGGAGGUGCCCUCCCGGGGCGGCGCCGCCGCCGCGCCCAAGGCGCAGCCCGCGCAGGUAAUCCAGGCGCCGCCGCCGGACUCCAUCCAGAUCGAGACCGGCAAGGAGCACCGCAUCACGUUCCCGGAGCAGCCGCCGCCGCCCCACCACCACCACCAGCGGAGCGGGGGCGGCCCCUCGUCGCGCGGAGGCAGCGGGGAGAGCCGCGGCGGGGGCGGCGGCGGCGGCGGGGCGGAGCCCAACGUGCCGGAGGUGUCCCACCUUGGGUGGGGCCACUGGUACACGCUCAAGGAGCUGGAGGACGCCACGGCCAUGUUCGCCGACGAGAAGGUGAUCGGCGAGGGCGGCUACGGCAUCGUGUACCACGGCGUGCUCGAGGACGGCACGCAGGUCGCCGUCAAAAACCUGCUCAACAACAGGGGGCAGGCAGAGAGGGAAUUCAAGGUUGAGGUGGAAGCAAUUGGGCGGGUGCGGCACAAGAACCUGGUUCGGCUGCUGGGAUACUGCGCCGAGGGCAACCAAAGGAUGCUUGUGUAUGAAUAUGUCAAUAAUGGAAACUUAGAGCAAUGGCUCCAUGGUGAUGUUGGUCCUGUAAGCCCUCUUACGUGGGAUAUGAGAAUGAAGAUUAUACUAGGAACAGCAAAAGGCUUAAUGUAUUUGCAUGAGGGACUUGAGCCAAAGGUGGUUCAUCGUGAUGUAAAGUCGAGUAACAUCCUCCUUGACAAGACCUGGAAUGCUAAGCUUUCUGAUUUUGGGCUAGCAAAGCUUUUGGGCUCAGAGAGGAGUUAUGUAACGACCAGAGUUAUGGGAACAUUUGGGUACGUUGCUCCAGAGUAUGCAGGUACUGGCAUGUUGAAUGAAACUAGUGAUGUCUAUAGUUUUGGAAUUCUUAUAAUGGAAAUAAUUUCUGGUCGGGUACCUGUGGAUUACAACAGGCCACCUGGAGAGGUUAAUCUUGUUGAAUGGCUCAAGACAAUGGUGAGCAACCGAAAUUCUGAAGGGGUUUUGGAUCCAAAGAUGACUGGGAAACCUACUUCUAGGGCAUUGAAGAAGGCUUUAUUAGUAGCUCUGCGAUGUGUAGACCCAGAAGCUCGUAAGAGGCCAAAGAUUGGGCAUGUCAUUCACAUGCUUGAAGUUGAUGACUUCCCCUACAGAGAUGAACGUCGAGGUGGCAAAGCUCCAAGUCAAGCAAAAUCGGGAGAAAUGCCGCCAGGUGAACCUGGUGAUAGUAGUGGGAACAAUACGCCAAAAGAAACACCGAAAGGUGAACCGAAAGAAGAACCUUUCAAGUGGAGAAAUCAAGCAGCUUAGCUAUCAGCAGAAUGGUGAUUCUUCUGAAUUCAGUAAGAUGGUUUUUUUUUUCUAAAUUCUCACGCCUGGUCAAGAAACUGAACGCUGCAAACCUGCAAACAUCUCAUUUGCUACUGGUUACUGGUUAGUUAGGUUGGGUGUAGAACCAUGGAAUGCACCGAGAUCGUCAGAGCAUCUGUAUAUUGUUCGAUUAGUAUGUUAGCCAUAGCAAUUUUUUGGUUGGUUUAUUUGGUUAUAUUUAUGUAAGAGGUAAUUCUUGUAUGACAAAUUCAUGUUACUCUGAGGUAAAGUUGAGCAGUGCUUAGAUAAAACCUUUCCUGUAGCUGCAGCCCAGAUGCCUAUUUGUUCCAUCUGCUCACCAUACAGUUGGUCAGAUUCUGCUACUUUCAGAUUCAUACUUGUCACCUAAAAUGUGUGAUAAUUCAACAUCCCAGACUGAAUCCUCAGGUGUGUGCCC